AUGGAGUGUCCCAUUGGUCGAGAUGACUGUCAAAAAGUAUUUGCUGCUGCUCAAUGCGAAAAGUGUCCACCAAUGUGCUUGGCGUGUCACAAAAGAAGCCUUCCUCCUCAUUUCCGCUGUCCCUUUUGUCGACAGACAAUGAUCGCGCGAGCGAUCCCUUCAGACUUGGGAUCGAGCGUGGGCGGUGGCGCGCGAUCCCUUCUCGAUCCCCCGCGAUUUGACACCCUGGUAUAUUUAGCAAACGAGGAUGAGAAAAAUGUCGAGAAGAUUGUCGAGAAUGCCGUCAAAGAAGAAAAGGAGAAAGAAGACCGGGAGCUCAAUGAACUCGCGAGAGAACUUUGCGAAAACAUCAUUCGAGAAGUCAUUGAUGCAGCUGUUUCUGAGUGCGAAAAGAAAGAGAACGAACAAGCCGCCAGCGAUCCAGAACAAGCUACACAAGAUCCCGUUGUGAACAGCUCUUCACCUGAUGCUCCUGCUGCAGCUGCAGCUCCUGUCCAUGAUGUCCGAGCAAGCUAUCGAUUCGAUGCAGAGGAAGAAGCGGCUUGCGAUCAGGAAGUCGACAAAUUACUCAAUUCUACAGCUGGUUCCUCUGAAAUGCAAGAAUCUUCGCAGCUAAUGGCUUCUGAAAUGAACAGAGGCGAGCCAGAUAAUGAUGAUGAAGAGAGAGAUGCUCCCGUCGAGGACGCUCCUGUGAGUGAAGUCGACCAAGAAGAGGCUGUAGUUGAAGAAGCUGCUGCAGAAGAAAGUACAGUGAAAGAAGCUCCCAUCGAAGAUCAAGCUCCUGAACCAGUUGCUCCUGUCACUCAGCAAACUUCUCGCAUCUGGCACCGACGAAGACGAGGCCACUUUGAGGCAAGAAAGUUGGCUCAGUCUCGAGUAGAUCGACAGCAGACCGACCAAGUGAACGAAGAGAAAGAAGAAGUGCCGCCAGUGAGUGAGGAACCUGUGCAAGACGCUUCCCCGCGGUUUUCACUUGAUGCGAGAUCAACUUCUGGAAGCACAAUAGGCUCUUGCCAAUCGUUGGCAGGAUCUUCCCAGGCGCCGUCGGAGAUAACGUUGUCUAACAUCUCCAUCAAAUCAGCUAGUGCCUGUGAUUCUAUUCCGGCGAGCCUGAUGCCCUACAAAAUGAAGCAGAUCGCGCUCCUCGAGAGCGAGCUUGCGAUAGCCCUGGAAAAGUCGAAGAAAUACGAAAAAGAGGCCGAAGGAUACAAAGCUGAGCUGAACAAGUACAUCGCGUUGUACGGGCCGCUUCCAUCCGACUCUACCCCCAGAGCCUAUCCGUCCGAGUCGAACAACUCCGAAUCCUGA